AUGGCCGAAGCCGAGGUGCCCCAAGUCCCCCCUCCUGAUGAAUCUCCAGUUGAGACUCUGUCCGGCGAGGAAACAACGGGGUUGGUGUCUGAAGUAGAAACGGAGACCGAGAAAGAAACGGAAAAGGAAACAGACAAGGACACAGAUAAGGAAACCCCGCCAAAAGAAGCCGCGAAUGGAGUGAAGAAGGAGUCUGUUCCCCCAAAGCGGCCCGGUGUUCUGGCAGCAAGACGUCCUGGGACAACUUCGACAUCUUCCGCGUCGAAACCCACCGCUUCUUCAGCCGCUCAAUCUACUAGAACAACUGGGGGUCUGAGCAAACCUCCCGCUCGUCCUGCGGCUGGAUCUACUCUGCGAAAGACUGCUAGCAGUGCAACUGCAGCUACUUCUGCCAGUUCGGGUCACAGAUCUCAACCAUCGAUUGGCGGCUCUGGAGAUGAAAAAAAGAAGCCAACACCUACUGCCUCUCGGAGAACUUCUCUUGCUCCUUCGGGAACUCACCACUCUUCCGCAAAGCCUGAAACUGCAACCGAAAGAAGAGCAAGCGCAGCCCCAUCUACAUCAACAGUACGAAAGCCCGCGGUGCCAACCAGUUUAUCAAGCCCAAAGCACACCGUCAAGCCCGCUGUAUCGAGCACUACUGCGAGAACGACUGGGACUGUAGGCGCUUCGGGAACCACGACAAGCAGGUCAGCUCCAAUUGCCAAACCUGCGAGUAGCGCAGCGGCCACGGAUGCUAAAAAGAGACUUUCAACAAUAUCUGGAACUACUGGAGUUUCCAGGACACCAGUAAAACCAGCAGGCCAUUCCGCAUCUUCAUCAACGUCGUCGAAAGAAAUCGACGAGUUAAAAGCGAAGCUCGAAGAUAGUGAGACCAAGGUGGAAGAACUCCAGAAAGAAGUUGCCUCUUCUCAAGAGAAGCUCCUUGAGCUUGGCAAACAGGCCGAAGAGGAAGCCAAAAAUAUUUCUGAAGCGGAAGAGAGUAUUCGAAACCAACAUAAAGCAGUUAUCGAAAAGCUACAUGCGACCCACAAUGCCGACAUCGAGAGUUUGAAAUCUCAGUUGGCAGAGGCUGAAGCCGCCCAGAAGGCCGCACAGGACGCGUCGCUCAAAGCAAUCGAGGAGGCGCAGCAAAUAGCUACUGCGAAGGGUGCUACAGACACUGCAGAAGCCCUCGAAAAGCUCAAGGCUGAGCAUUCGACAGCCUUGGAGGCAAUCAAGCUUGAGCUGGCCAGUGCCAAAGACGCCAGCGCCGCGACAGCAAGUGCGCUUGCAGAAAAGGAAGCUGAACUUGCUACUUUGAAGGCUCAAAUUGAGACCGGUAAUGCAGAAGUCGAAGCCUUGAAAACUGAGUACGAGGCUAAGCUUGCUGCUAAGGGGGAGCAACAGCAGACGGCUCAGGAGACAGCCCUUGAAACCUUGCGAAAAUCACUGGCAGAUGAGCAUGAAUCGGCCCUAGCGGCUCUGAAAGCCGCUCAUUCCGCGGAGCUGGCAGAACGGAGUACUGAGUCUACUUCAACCUAUGAAAAGCAAGUAGCAGACCUUACCCAGAAGUACGAGACAUCGAUUAGCGAGCUUCAAAAGCAGCUUGAAGAGGCGGCCGCCAACCAGGCAGCCCUGGAAGCUGCACACAAGCAGAAGCUUGAGGCCCAGGAAGCCGAUUCGACUAGCAAAAUAUCCGACUUGACGAAGGAGGUCUCAGAAUUGCAAGGCAAGUUAGAAUCCGCAAACAAUCAGGCUCUUCCAGCUCAGGAAGAGCUUGCGGCAAUAUCAAAUAAGUAUGAGAUCCUGCAAGCCAAGAGUGCAGAGGACGAGAAGGCAUACUUGACUACACAAAAUGAUUUAACGCAAGCCAAGCAAGAGAUCACUUCCCUCCAGAAGAUUAUUGACACCUUUGAUGCGGACGGAAAGGACAAAGACGAGCAGCUCAACAAAAUCAAGGCCGAACUUACCACCGCGCUCAAGAGCCUUGAAGACAAGACUAAGGAAAUAUCAAUACUGCAGGAGAAGCACCAAAAGGAGUUGCAAACCAUCUCAAAUGACUACGAGAAGGAGAUAGAUGCAUUACAAGGCGAGCUCUUUCCCGUCCCAAAGUUCUCUUCCUGCAACUCCGGCAUUAGGGAAAAAUAUGAAGAGCUCGAAGCCAAGCACGAAGAACUGUCCAAAUCUCAUAAUGAUUCUGCCGCUUCUCAUGCCCAAGAAUUGGAACAACUCAAGCAAGAACACGCUGCUGCCAUUGCUACUAUCGAAAGUAACGACGCUGCUCAUAAACAAGCGCUUGAGGAAUUGAAGGCGGCCCAUGCAAAGAGUCUGGAUGAGGCUCAUGACAGAGCAAUUACUGCCGGACAUGCUGCCCAUGCCACUGAGUUAGAACAGCUACGGGCAAAUCAUGCCGAAGCGAUUGCCGCCCUGAAGGAGGAACAUGCUGCGAGCCAAGCGGCCGCACUGUCAGAUGCCGAGAAGCAUAAGGCUGCUGAGAUAGCACUCCAAGACGAAAACGCAAAGACAAAAGAAGCCUUGCUAAAGAUCCAGGAAGAGCUGGAUAAUCUCGGACAAGAACUUGCCCACGAGAAGAUGGCCAGGGCCUCUGCCGAGGCUGACCUGGACGCUGUGAAAAGUAAAAAGCCAGAUACUUCCGAGGUAGAUGCACUCCGAAAAGAGUUGCAGACCUUAAAGGACCAGCACCAAGCAUCGCUCUUGACUGCUCAACAAGAGAUGGAAAAAGCUACUGAGGAGCACUUAGCUACCAAGGCUUCUUUGGAACAGGCAAAGGCCGAACUCGAGGAGCACUUGGCUGUCAAGACUUCUUUGGAACAGGCAAAGGCCGAACUUGAGGAACAAUUGGCUGCCAAAGCUUCUUUGGAACAGGCAAAGGCCGAACUCGAGGAACAAUUGGCUGCGAAGGCUUCUUUGGAACAGGAAAAGGCCAAACUCGAGGAACGAUUGGCUGCCAAGGCUGCUUUGGAACAGGCAAAGGCCCAACUCGAGGAGCAGAAGGCUGACGUUGAGGCCAAACUCAAAACUUCCCAGGAUGACUACCUCUCCAUGCAUAGCUCGUUGACCGAAUUGGCGGAGGAAGCGCACAAGAAGGUCGCAAACCUUGAGGCACGGUUAAAGGAGGCAGAAGCUCAACUCAAGGUCAAGGAUGCCGAGCUUGCUGAAGCAAAGACACAGAGCGCCGCUCUCCCCUCGCCAAAGUCUCCCGCUAUAGAAACCUUGCCUGGCCUAAGUGCAAGCCGGUUCGCCCAGGAAGCUGAUUCGCCUGCCACAGACGCAGAACCAGAAGUGGCAGAAGCGAAAGCUAGAGUCACUGCACAACAACUGGAGCAGAUGAACGAGGAUUUGAAGAGGAAUAAUUUAAGAUCUCUGGAAUCAAUCACAGACAUCUCUCCCUCCAGUCUCACGGUCUAA